ACAGUUGAAACUGUCAACAGACAAAUGGCAGAUCCUGCAUGUGGACCGUUUACACGAAACAUCCAGUAUGUGUAAACUUGGAGAAGAACAGCAGUUCUUUAUGCAGUUUUUUUUAAGAACAACAGUUCUCGCUAUGAGUUAAUAUCCUAAACAAUUUUUGUGCAAAGAGAAACAUAAUUUAGUAGUGAAUUUAUAUAAAACAAAUAUUUGUAUAAAGUUUUAUGGUUGUGUGGUCCGUGCAUUUGUGAUGAAAAUAUACAACAGAUGACAGAUCCAGCUGGGAGGCUUUGUUGUGUUGUGAAUCAGCUCUUCCCAGAUUGAUAAGAAUUAGAACAUCUUCAGAGCUGCUAGGAGUUUAAUAAGUUCCUGUAGAUAUUGUGGAGAGUUGUGUACAGUUUGAAAAUGUCGCUGCUAUGCAAUACUGGUGAUUGGUUUACAUUAGGACAGGGAAAUGCCUUCAGGAAAAUGGAAAUUUACAAUAUGGAAUGGCCUGCGAGUAUUAAUCUGGAAAACAUGGUGAUUCAUGCGGCUCCCUACGGAGGCCCGAUUGCUGUCGUCAAAGAUCCAAAGCUGUUUAUCAAAUUAGAUGGUGGCACUAGCACUAGACCCAUUAUUAGAGUGUUUAAUUGUGUCGGCAAACUAAUAUCAUCAAUCAAUUGGGAUUGCGGUAAUCUCGUCGCUCUGGGCUGGUCUGACUCGGAAGAAUUGAUUGGCGUGCAGGAUGACGGUACCAUCUUCAUACACGACAUGUUUGGAAACUUUGUGCACAAGUUCAGCGUUGGCAAGGAUGUAACGGAUGUGGCGGAUGCAAAAAUAUUCACCUCCGCGUCCGGCACGGGUGUGGCUGUCAUGACAUCGGGUUUUAAAAUUUACAUCCUGAACAACAUUAAGGAUCCGAAAUCACGCCCGCUGUCUGAGCUACUGAAUCUUACAAGUAACCUUACGUGCUGGGAAAUGGUAUGCAAAGAUCGAACCACGAGCUGUUUGCUAGCUGUUGGGAAUGAAAUUACCAUCGUCCGUCACGGGGACAAUGUUUUCACCAACCACACACUAACGAUGAGGAACGACUUUCAGUCGAUAAGCUUGCUGUCCGUUUCGUUUGACCACGAACAUGUCGCUUUGCUUACCAAUACCGGCUGCCUGUGGAUGGGUUCGUGGGAUCUGAAGCACAAAUAUUGUGAGUUUGUAACGGGCCGGCAGGAAAAAGCGAACCAGCUUGUUUGGUGUAUCGACGGUAGCACGAAGUACGAAUCGCAGGCGGUAAUUGUGAGCUACAUGAACCUGAUACUGAUCGUUGGUGCGACUGGUGAGUCGAGCGUGUACACGUACGACUCACCGAUGACGCUCAUCCCGGAGAUGGACUGUGUGCGAGUGCUGACGAACUACUAUCAUGAGCUCGUUCAGAAGGUACCGCCCAGCACGAGCAAAAUAUUCGGCAUCAACAUCUCCGAACCGGCGAGUUUUCUGUUCGAGGCCCAUCGAAAGUUCCAGGACCGCAGUCAUCAGUCGGAUGAGUAUUUGUGCUUGAUCCAGAACAAGCUACCGGCAGCGGUCGCGGACUGUAUAGAGGCGGCCGGUCAUGAGUUCGAUCCCAACACGCAGAAAAGUCUCAUCCGGGCGGCAUACUUUGGCAAAAGCUUCAUCUCGGGAUACAACUGCACCGAUUACAUUACGAUGUGCAAAACGCUAAAGGUACUGAACGUGUUGCGUGACCGUAACGUUGGCAUUCCGAUCACCAUUCAGCAAUUCAAUCAUCUACAACCGGUUGUUAUUUUGGAUCGUUUAGUAUUUCGAAAGUACUACGGUUUAUCCAUUCACAUUGCAAAAUAUUUGAAGCUACAGGAAACCCGCAUUUUAGAGCAUUGGGCGUUCCAGAAAAUAAUCCACGAUAAAAACGACGAUGAGGUAGCACGUAAAAUAGCAGCAAAAUUUUCCAGUGCCGAUCUCCGGGAACCGAUGUCGUACGCUAACGUGGCAGAUAAAGCGCAACAGAUCGGUAAAACUAAGCUUGCUAUUACGCUACUCGAACUGGAGACGAAAAAGAAGCUACAGGUACCGUUACUGCUGAAGCUUGGCGCAAGCGAGAAAGCACUAAUCGCCGCCACCCAGUCCGGUGAUAUCGAUCUCAUCUAUAUGGCGAUACUGGAGAUGAAAAAUACGUCCGCACUGGCCAAGUUCCACAUGACAAUCCGGCGCUACCCGUUGGCACAAAAUCUGUACAAAAAGUACUGCCAGCUGAACAGUCUGUCCACGCUAAAGGACAUACAUUCGCAGGAGGAUGAUUUUCUGUCGCAGGCGGAACUGGCGCUACGGGAAGCACUGCAGGUCGGUAAUCUGGACGCAUCGAUACCGGACAUUAGUGGCAACUAUCGAAAGGCGGGCAAAGCGAUCGAGGCCGAUUUGGCGGAUGAAACGAAGAAGCUGAUCCGGCACCAGAAGCUGUUGCAGGACAAGUAUCAGAAGGAUUUCUUCGGGCUGGCGUUACACGCGAUGGUUCGCAAGUUGCUACAGCUCGGCGAUCAGCGGUACGCCGAAAAGCUAAAGAGCGAAUUUAAGAUGUCCGACCGGCGGUACUGGUGGGUACGGGUGCAAACGUACGCCGACAACUACCAAUGGGACGAGCUGGAGAAGUUUUCCAAAGCGAAGAAAAGUGUGAUCGGAUACGAACCGUUCGUCGAGGUGUGCCUGUCGAAGAUGAACGUAACGGAGGCGAAAAAAUAUUUGCCACGGUGUAGCGAGGAAAACAAACUGAAAUGGUAUUUGCGAGCCAGUUGCUAUGCUGAUGCAGCUACCAUUGCGUUUAUGCAGAAGGACAUCGAUAGUCUGCUGAAAAUACACGACCACUGCAAUGAUUCCGCCCUGAUGGCAACGGUCGAAAACAUGAUCGGGCAAUUAUCGAGCAAGAAAUGAUUGGUGAAAAUAAGAAGGCAAAGGAAAGAGCAGUGUUGCUGAAAAUCGUGUUGCUAAAUAACGGGCGUUACAGCAAUAGGAAGAAGUACGAUUUCGUUUACUAUAUGGUUGACGCUAAAGAUGAAUACAAUUUAUUACAGUAUAUUACAGUAUAAAAAAAAUCCUUUUACAAAUUAUGGCAAAAAUAGGAAGCUAGAGCAUCGUUUUUUUUACGUGGAAGAAAUAAGAAUACAACUGUGAUUGUGUAGCUUGAACUUUACUAUACGCCCCCUUAAAGUGUUAUCAGCCAUUGAAUUAUUUCUGUCCUUUAUUUGCCCUUCUAAAUUUUAUUUAAUGCGUCAAAAGAUGAAAGAUUAAAAUAUAAUAAUGGAUGUGAGAAAUUUUUUUUAUUAAAAAGUAAUGCGUUUUGAUUGUACAAAACGAGUUGCAAACAAAAUCCAUUGCUGAUCGUUUGAGGUUAAAUCAUGAAAGUUUCGGUGGAGACGCCCAGUAUAUUGUGGAUGUAGGCAUUAAUAUGGAUGUAAUUUUUCCUUUUUACAGUUCAAUAAACUUGAAAGCGAAGAACAUUUUGUAACUUUCUUUAUUCUAAGCAUGUAAUGCAAAAUUAAAAAAUAAAAUAAAAUAAGCAAGGACAAUGCUUCAAUGCGGUGGAGACGCCCAGUA